AUGAACCUCUCAAUAUCGGACCCCGCCGUGCAGGCGUUUAUCCUCCACUCGGCCAUAUUGGCCGUGAAGCUACUGGCUAUGAGUCCAUUGACCGCUAUAAUGCGGCUAACAUACAAAUGCUUUGCGAACCCCGAAGACGCCAAGUUCCUAGGCGGUAAAGUGAAGUUGGACCAUCCAUCCGUCGAGCGAGUACGCCGCGCCCAUUUGAAUGAUCUGGAGAACAUACCGGCUUUUUGGGUAAUUGGUGCGUGUUAUUUGACGACUGGACCAUCAGCUGCCUUUGCGAAUUUACUGUUUAGACUUUUCACGGUGUGCCGUAUUGUACAUACUUUCGUAUACGCUGUGGUGCCCUUCCCACAACCCACCAGAGCCAUCGUCUUCUUGAUCGCAAUGGGGAUCAACUUCUACAUGGGACUACAAGUUUUGUUAUUUUAUAUGAUAUAA